AUGAUGCAAAGCGGCGAGGGUGGCGAGGCUAGGGAGCUGAUCUCUCUGCCAUCGCGCUCUCAAGAGCAGGUGCCAACAACUCCCUACGUGGUUGCUCCAGGUGAAGAAGUUCUCAGCUACAAUGCGUACAUCGGAAAGCUUCGAAACCGCGUUGUCGCCUUAUCAGUGUUGACUGUGGGGUGCUUCGUGGUCUCAGUUGCCGUUCAACUCUUCUUCGGUUUUCUCAGUUGGCAAAGUCUGCAGCAGAAGCUCGAAUAUUUGGCGCAAGUUGAAGCCAUCCCUGAAUUGAGCACGUUUCUGAACGUGGCACCCCAACUGCUUCUGACGUCUGCCGUGCCGGCCGUCAUCAAUGCACUGGUAAUUGGGGGCUUUUUCGCGUUGUGUGGCCUCUGUGGCGCAAGGGCAAACAACCAGUGCUGCGCUUGCUGCUACUGCUGUUGCAACAUGUGCUGUUGCGUGCUUACUGUCGCCACGCUUCUGGGAUCCGCAGCCUUCCUGAACUUCAUGUACACAAGCAGCGAUGCUGUCGAGAUCUGGUUUGCGAAGUGUGACCCAUCGAUUUGCUAUCCUGCAGGGCCCGAGACAGAUCCCAGGAUGACGGUUGACUGCCUGGCGCCCGCAGUUUGGGAUGUCUAUUUGCCGCAGAUUCGAGGCCCCCACCUUCCGAGAGAGUGCCCUCCAAUGUAUCUCGUCUGUAAGGGUGGCGACUUCGAUGAGCCGAGCUCGAGCGAGGAGAGGUACCUCAAGGAGGAAGACCAGCAACUCGGAUCGGUGCGACCUUCACCAGUGCAGCCUCCCGCCGGCGUCCAAAGAUGGCGCCAGCUGAGGGAGGAUCUGGAGAACCGAGCUUCAGAGGAACAAGAGGAAGGAGACGCAGGAGACGUGGGAGAGACAGAAGAGGCAGAGACAUCUGCUGCAGAGGCACAGACAGGAGCGGAAGAUGUUCAUGAUGGCGUUUCGGAUCGCGUGGAACAGGAAGCGGAGGCAGCAGCAGAGGCAUACGCAGCUGGUCAAAGACAGGCACUGGCAGAAGUGGGAGAAGACGAGCCGGCAGAGGAGACGCAAGACGAAGAAGAAGAGAAAGAAGAUCCAGAGAGAGGGCCACAGCAAGAGGAGGGGAUCUCGGCUGUGAGCGAUGGCCGCGAUGACCCCGCAGAUUCGGAGGAUCCGGGCACAGGGGACCCGGAGAGGGACAUUGGCACGGGGACAGCGGAGCCGGUAUUGGAUAUGGAAACAGGUGAUGAAGCUUCUUUGGCAACUGAAAGAGAAGAGGCAACUUCCCCUCCCGAUGCAGAAGAUCCUGCCGGCAACGAAGGCUCGGAACCAGCUGAUGGAACGGGAGGAGCCGUAGGCGAAGGCCCGGACCCGGAUGAACCUGAUGGACCACCUUCACCAGACGAUGACCCAGAUGAUGAUCCCGCGCCGCAAGGUGACGUGCUUCUGCAGGACGAGCGAGAUGACAAGGAUGGAGACAGUACAAGCACUGAGGCUUCAGAUGGUGCAGGCGACGCCGCAGCCCAGGGAGAAGAUGAGGCUGAAGACGGUGGCGGCACCGUGGAAGACACUCAAGAUGCGGAUGGUUCAAGCCGACCUGCAGAUGGUGAAAAUGACGCAGAUACAAGUGGUGAAGACGGUGAAUCAGCAGCAGGUACUGGAGAUGAGUUUGAGCCACCAGAUGAAGAAGGCUAUGAUGAGAACAAUCUUCAGAGGCUUGCAAGCCAGAGCCAAGCUCUGGCAAAAGUUCUGUCGCUUCCAAUGCCGGAUGACCCAACCUCUGCAUGCUCGCCAUCCAAGAUAAAUUCCUUGUAUGACGUGGCGAGGAGGGAGGCUCCAGACAUCUUCAACGCUUGCACCAACCUGGUAGUUGUCCGCAUUUGCUGCCUCCUGCCGACGCUUGUGAUCUUUGCUCUGGGGUCGGUGUGGGGGUACGAGCUUUAUGGCAAGCUAUCUCAAGGGUAUCUGCUGCCUUUCGUCCCUGCAGAGUCGACACAGGUUCAGAUGACGUAUAUGUCGGAGCCUCUCAUGGUCCAGUCCAAUCCGCAGGGGCCAUGCUUGCUGCACGAGUACUGCCGACGUCAGGUAAGCCAGGUAAGCCAUGAGAAGGUGCUGGAGAAAAUCCAUGGCAACCUUUACGCGAUUGUCGGCGAGGCUGUCGACGAGAUCAAGAAUGAGGAAGAGAAGUGGAGCCGACAGGAAAUGGUCAAAAGAAUAGUUGGCUAUAUCUUCAAAGCAGCAAAGGCUCCCGAGCUCUUGACCCAGCCUUGGCAAGAGGUGGCUAGGACCGUGGUCAGCCACGGGAUGUCCAGUUACCAUGCAGCCUGCGGCGAGCGAACCUGGUUUUGGCAGCUUGGUUUGGGCAACGCCUUCACCUCUGCGGUCUGGGAGCUCCUGCAAAUGAGAAACAGGCCUGCAGCCCACUACCAAGACGUCCAGGACUACGUAGUGCGUGAGUUCGAGAACCACUUGGACAAGACGCUGUUAACCAAGGGAGUGUGGGACGCCAUAGCGUUGACCUUCCGCGACGAAGCGAUCCGAGCGAAGGUGUACAAAGCAGUUUACAACACGCACGCGACAGCGCUGGAGGAGCUUAUGGACGAUUCCAGACCGAUGGACGAUGCUCGCAAGGUGGAGAAAUUCACCAAGAAGUGGCUGGAGGCGAGCAUGCAGCGGGCGUGGAGCGCCAUAGAAGACGUGGAGUCGGUGCUCACGCCUGGGCAAGUCACACGGCUUUUCCAGAAUUUGAUGGCGCCUUUUGGCGAGGGGCACGAGUACACGUGCAUUCCCGUUGCGCUCAUAGAGCAGAUCGGCAGACCACCGCGCAACUGGAAAUUCUUGAAGAUGGCCGUCCAGGACAUGUUCCGCGAGUGGAGAGAGGGUGCCUCAGCCACUCAGCCGGCAAAAAGAAGAAGAAAAGCAGCGGCUCCAAUAUCGGACGCGCUGCCUGUGGAGGAGGAG